ACAUAACAACGGUAACCACAUAAUAAUUGUUAUAGCAAAAUAAGUUCAAUAUCAAUAUAAACUAAAGUUUAAACAGCUAUGAACACAUCAGAAUUUAGCCUGAACUUUCAAGCAUUCGUCAUUUCCACGGUUUUAAGUUUUUUAAGCGUUCAUUCGUCCGUGGUAGAAAAACCGAUAUUCAAAUGGCUUAAUAAACAAACAGAACGAGAAAGAAGUUUAUUAGUACAAAAACACAGUUUAAAAACAGAACAAGCAUCUAUAAAUAUGGUAGAUGAAUUUGCCAAAUAUUCAAAAAUUCAAAGACAAAUCAAUUCAAUUGAUGGAAAAUUAGAAGACAUCAGAGGCAAUAAACCAACUAAUAACAUUUUGGUACAGUUGGGUUUCACCUAUGGCGUUAAAUUUGUUUUAGUGGUGAUGUUAAUUGUUUUGUCGCUAUAUUAUAGGUAUACCCCUGUUUUCUACUUAGGAAAUAAGAUAAAUUUAAUGCCAUUUACACACUUCAUAUGUUACCCAAAUGAUAUUAAUUGUGUAUCAUUUUAUUUUUGGGUAAUGUGCAGUGCAGCUGUGUCACGGAUGUUACAAAUGUUAUAAUUCCACGUAUUUGAGUCAAUAAAUUUCUAAAUUAUUGCAUCUAAUAA